UAGAAACCUGCUGCUGCUCUAAGCCAAUCAGCGCUGUAUGUACAGAGGUUGUGUAAAUGAGCUGAGCAAAGCGGGACGGCAAAGUUUCUGACGCCUUCAGAGUGAAACAGCAGAGCUACAGAGACUCUUCAUUACACCUCAGCGUGGAACCUGUCAUCUGUUAUUAUCUUUUUUUUUUUAACGUUUCAGUGAGUUUAUAAAACGGAUAUAUAUAAAUGGAAUAACGGAGUGAAGAUUUGCUUUCUUUUCUUUUCGUGAAAUAAUAAUAAUUUAAAAAAUCAGAUUUUUUUUUAACGCGCUUCUUAUGCGCGCGCUGCUCAGCUGUCUAAAAUUCCGUCUCCAUGGAGAAAUCCACGAACUUCCGCAUCGAGGCUCUGCUAGCAGAGCGCGUGCCGUGUGAGGCUCCGCCCUCAAGUGCUGUCCCGGGUCUGGGGGCGCGAGCGGGUCCGCUCCCGGUGCCGUCCCCCGGUGUGUACACGAGCGCGCCGCUGUUCUCCGCACUGCCCGGGCUUCACUACACCGGAAUCCCGCACAUCAGCCCCGCGUACGAGCAGUGGAUCCGAGCGAGCCUGCUACUUCCACGACUCCACCCAUACACCGCGUCUCCUCAGUCGGUGUUGAUGGGAAAAUGUCGCAGGCCGCGCACAGCAUUCACCAGCCAGCAGCUCCUCGAGCUGGAGAAACAGUUUAAACUCAACAAAUAUCUCUCACGGCCCAAACGCUUCGAAGUCGCCACGUCGCUAAUGCUAACAGAGACGCAGGUGAAGAUCUGGUUCCAAAACCGCAGGAUGAAGUGGAAACGAAGUCGUAAAGCCAAGGAACAAGUGGACGUGGACCGAGAGCACAAAAUGACCAAUGAGAAUCCAGCGUCGGAGCCUGACGGGGCGGGGCUUGGGAAGCAGGACGUAGAGGAGGAAGAAGAUGUGGACGACGAAUACGGCUUCAACACAGACACGCAUCAUUCGGACUUUUUGCAGAAGGACGUCAAUGUACGAUACGCUUCCGAAGAUGAGGUGGAUGGAACGAAAGGCGGGGACAGAAAGAUGGGCGCGGGGUUAUAAGGAACCAGUCACAGACGAGGUUGAGCCUCGGAAACGUGGAGGUGACUUGACGAGAGGUGCAUUUUAAGCAUCCUGGCUAAAGAUACUGUGAAAUACUGAACGCUUCACGAACUGAUUUUAAUGUUACACCGGAGUACCUGAACACUCGCUAAACACUGAGCGCAGCCUUUAGAUUUCCCAGUUCUUAUACAGGCUUCACACUAAACACCAAACAACAACAACAACACCACCAAGGCCAGUUAGUGUAGCUUUAAGACCGUGUAUGGUGUACAGUGGCCGGUAAAUGCACAACACAUUAACAAUGCAAAAAAUUGCAACAGUGAAACCAAAAAAACACAAAAUAUCUCAUUCUGAAAGACGGAAACAAAACCACAAAUACAACACAAUAACAAAACAAAAACAGAAAAGCAAACAAAACCAGUGACACAACAGGGAAUUUGGAGACAGCAACAACAGAAACACAAAAACAAAGAAGAAAACAACAACAAAACCAUCCAUUUUCUAUAACGCUUAUCCUACCAGGUCACAGGGAACUUGGAGCCUAUCCCAGGGAGCAUCAGGCACAAGGCGGGGUACACCCUGGACGGGGUGCCAAUCC